UGCGGGGAGAAAGGCUGUGGCUGCUGCUGGAUAAUCGCGUUUAUGACGGAUAUAUACAUCAUCUCGAAAUACAUGAUAAACGGGAUUCAUUGUUUAUGGUUCAGCGAUGGGAAACGAGGAAUAUGCCUGGAUUCAUAUCGUUGCGCUGCUGUGUCUUUGUGACGGGUCUGCUUCGCAGUUAUCUUACUCCAUUUCCGAGGAGGUGAACAAAGGCACCGUAGUGGGGAAUAUUGCAAAGGAUUUGAACUUGAAUGUACAAGACCUAGAAUCCAGGGAUCUACGUAUUGUUUCGACUUACAGUAAGGAAUAUUUUGACGUGAAUUUGCGCACCGGGAACAUCUUUGUUGAUGAGAGGACAGACAGAGAGGAGCUUUGUCCGAGCACGGUACAAUGCUCUCUAAGAAUACAGGCCGUUUUAAGCAAUCCAAUGAAUGUACACCGCAUAGAGGUCAGUGUUUUAGAUAUAAAUGAUAACUCGCCAGCAUUCAUUGAACACUCGUUUUCUUUAAACAUAUCCGAAACAGUGUCACCGGGAGAACGAUAUCUUCUUCCCAUAGCAGUAGACGCAGACAUAGGCAGUAAUUCAGUAAAGAGCUACAAGCUGAGCACAAAUGAAUAUUUUGCUCUCGAUGUGCAGAGCGGUGGAGAACACGGUGUGUCUGCUGAGCUAGUGCUACAGAAAGCUUUAGACAGAGAGAAACAGCCGGUUCUUAAACUAAUUCUGACCGCUGUGGAUGGAGGAAAACCUCCGAGAUCGGGUACAUUACAGAUAAAUGUAAACGUUUUAGAUGUCAAUGAUAAUUCGCCGAUUUUUAGCAAAUCACUUUAUAAGGCGCGUGUGCAUGAAAAUGCUGCACAUGGAACAGUGGUGAUAAGGUUGAAUGCAACAGAUCUGGACGAGGGCAUGAACAGUAAGAUCCUGUAUUCAUUAAUCAAACGAGGAAAUAUUGAUCCGUCAAAUAUGUUCGAUCUAAAUUCAGAAACAGGGGAAAUCACUGUGAAGGGAACAUUAGAUUAUGAAGAGACGCCUGCUUAUGAGGUCAGAGUUCAAGCAAGGGAUCAAGGCACAUUUCCUCGUAGUGCACAUUCUAAACUACUAAUAGAAAUAAUUGAUGUGAAUGACAAUGCCCCAGAAAUAUCUGUGACGUCACUCAUGACCCCAGUAAAAGAAGACGCAGAACUGGGGACAAUAGUUGCUUUGGUUACAGUCAGUGAUAAAGAUGGAGGGAACAAUGGUGUAACUAACUGUAAGGUAGUAGGGUCUGUUCCCUUUAAACUCAAGUCCAACUACAAAAAUGACUAUUCAUUAGUCGUAGAUGGACCACUGGACAGAGAAAACACUUCUCUUUACAAUGUCACUAUUACAGCCACAGAUGAGGGAAGUCCACCUCUGUCCAGUAUCAGGGUCAUUACUGUUCAUGUUUCUGAUGUCAAUGAUAAUGCACCUCGCUUCAUGGAGCCUGUGAUCAAUGUUUAUGUUAAAGAGAACAGUCCUGUUGGCUCUGUUAUCCAUACAAUAAAUGCCUUUGAUCCUGAUUUGGACAGUAAUGCAAAACUGACUUACAAAUUAUUAGAUGCUAAUCCAAAAAAUAUUCCUGUGUCAUCAGUUGUGAACAUCAACUCAGAGACUGGAGAUAUAGUCAGCCUGCAGGCCUUUAAUUAUGAGGAGUUAAAAACGUUUCAGUUUAAAGUUCAGGCCACAGACUCUGGUGUUCCUCAGCUCAGCAGCAACGUGACUGUCAAUGUUUUAAUCCUGGAUGAAAAUGACAAUAAUCCAACAAUUCUCGCGCCAUAUUCUGAGCACGGCUCCGUUAACAGUGAGAGCAUCCCCUAUUCUGCUGAAGCGGGAUACUUUGUGGCAAAGAUCAGGGCUGUAGACGCAGACUCUGGAUACAAUGCGCUGCUCUCUUAUCACCUCUCUGAGCCCAAAGGAAACAACCUCUUCCGCAUCGGAACCAGCACCGGAGAAAUCAGGACUAAGAGGAGAAUGAGUGACAAUGACCUGAAAACUCACCCCUUGGUGGUGUUGGUGUCUGAUAACGGAGAACCCUCCCUGUCAGCUACUGUGUCUAUUGAGGUGGUGGUGGUUGAGAGCACAGCUGACAUCCAGACUCAGUUCAGACAUGUGCCCAUAAAGGAGGACAGCUUCUCUGCGCUGAACCUCUAUCUGCUGAUCGCCAUUGUGUCGGUGUCAGUCAUCUUUCUGCUCAGCCUCAUCAGUUUAAUAGCUGUCAAAUGCCACAGGACAGACGGCACUUUCAGCAGGUACAGCGCCCCAAUGAUCACCACCCACCCUGACGGGAGCUGGUCUUAUUCCAAAGCUACUCAGCAGUAUGACGUGUGUUUCAGCUCAGACACACUCAAGAGUGACGUAGUGGUUUUCCCCGCACCGUAUCCGCCUGUAGAUGCUGAGCUGAUCAGUAUUAAUGGAGGAGACACUUUUACCAGAACUCAGACUUUACCCAACAAAGAAAAGGUAGGCUAUACUUUUCAGUCGAUGCUUCAGUAA